AUGGUUCUGAAAGGAACAGGAAAACCAAUCAUUGCUGGAGUAACAGCUGCUGUUGUCCUGCUUAUCAUAAUCCUCUCUGUCUUCCUAUGGAUAAGGAAAAAGAGAGCCUCCAAUCAAUCAUCUGAAGCUGAGGAGAGACCAGACGACAGAGAGAGGCCGGAGCAAGAUAACACUCUGUACGCUAGCCUGGACUUGUCCAACAACCAGGAAGAUUCUCUCUACUCCGACCUCAGAUCAGAUCAGCUCCACAGACACAUGGAGGAACAAGAAGUUCCCGAGUACGCUGCUGUUAACUUUAACAGAGCUGGUAAUGCUCCAAGGAAAAAGAAGACCUCCAAUCAAUCGUCUGAGGCUGAGGAGAGACCAGAUGACAGAGAGAGGCAGGAGGUGCAAGAUAACCCUCUGUACGCCAGCCUGGACUUGUCCAACAACCAGGCAGAUCAUCUCUACUCCGACCUCAGAUCAACUCAACUCCACAGACACAUGGAGGAACAAGAGGUUCCAGAGUACGCUGCUGUUAACUUUAACAGAGCUGAACCAGAGGUCAGCAAACCUGGGAAGAUCCAGCUGCACUGUACAGCACAGUCAACAAAAUAUGAACAUAUCAGCAAUCUCACCUUUUUGGACUCUCGUCUUGAAUAUGAGAACGUCUCAGACUUGCAGGUCGUCACUGCAGCACAGACAGAAGACACAGAGGAGCAGGAAGACCUGGAUGUUGCAGAUUCAGGCUUCAUCACUGAGGAUGGCUGGGGAGUGACUUACACUUCUACUCACAUUUGUGCCUUAAAAGGAUCAACAGUGGACAUAAACUGCACCUACAGAUACCCAUCCAGGAUAAAUAAUGUUACUACUGUAGUUGAUGAAACACUCUGGUUUACUAAAGAGAGCAUUAAUGAACAUGUGGAUCUGAGAACAGACUCAGAGUACGCAGGUCGUGUGCAGUAUCGCUGUGAUAAGAACGACUGCACUCUGAGAAUCACAGACCUGAGAGAGAGAGACUCAGCUGAGUACAAGUUCAGGUUCAUAACAAACCAACCAGGAGGGAAAUAUUCCGGUUCACCUGGAGUCACUUUGAAUGUCACAGAUCUCCAGGUGAAGGUGAUCCAAUCAACAACCAGUUCUCCCUCAAAAGAGCUGAAGUGUAACAGCAGUUGUCUACCUGAUCGUUCUUCCUUCAUCUGGUACAAGAAUCUUCCCUCUACAUCAGCGAGUCCCUCUGGUGAAAUCAUUGAGGGUAGUUCAGUGAAUCUGACCUGUAGCAGUGUUGCUAACCCAGCAGCUAAAUACACCUGGUACAAGGAGAAUGUAAAUCCAGACCUUCAACCUCUCAGUAAAGAACCACAGCUUGUCUUCAGCUCCAUCCAGUCUUCUGACUCUGGAGAGUAUUACUGUACAGCUGAGAACCAGCUGGAGAAGAGGACAUCUGAAUACAUCUUUAUUGAUGUGAAAUAUGGUCCAAAGCUUCCCUCUACAUCAGCGAGUCCCUCUGGUGAAAUCAUUGAGGGCAGUUCAGUGACCCUAAACUGUAGCAGUGAUGCUAACCCAGCAGCUAAAUACACCUGGUACAAGAAGAACCAACCACUGUUUCCUGCACAAGAAGGAAAUUAUAAAUUCACUUCCAUCAGCUCUGACGACAAAGGGAUGUACUACUGCAAGUCUGAGAAUCAGUAUGGAUGGAUCAACUCAUCGUCUCUCUUCAUAGAUGUCCUGUAUGCUCCAAAGCUUCCCUCAAUGUCAGUGAGUCCCUCUGGUGAGAUAGUGGAGGACAGUUCAGUGAAUCUGACCUGUAGCAGUGAUGCUAACCCAGCAGCUAAUUACACCUGGUACAAGAAGAAUGUAAAUCCAGACCUUCAACCUCUCGGUAAAGAACCACAGCUUGUCUUCAGCUCCAUCCAGUCCUCUGACUCUGGAGAGUAUUACUGUACAGCUGAGAACCAGCUGGGGAAGAGGACAUCUGAAUACAUCUUUAUUGAUGUGAAAUAUGCUCCAAAGCUUCCCUCUGUGUCAGUGAGUCCCUCUGCUGAGAUAGUGGAGGGCAGUUCAGUGACUCUGACCUGUAGCAGUGAUGCUAACCCAGCAGCUAAUUACACCUGGUACAAGGAGAAUGAAGACUCACUAAAAGCAUCAGGACAGAUCUUCACCAUCACUGAUGUCAGACCUGAACACAGUGGGAAUUAUUCCUGUGAAGCCCAGAACAGAAGAGGAAGUUAUAACUCCACCUUACAUCUGAUGGUUGUGAAAGGAACAGGAAAACUAAUCAUUGCUGGAGUAACAACUGCUGUUCUCCUGCUUAUCAUAAUCCUCUCUGUCUUCCUAUGGACAAGGAAAAAGAAAGCCUCCAAUCAACCGUCUGAGGCUGAGGAGAGACCAGACGACAGAGACAGGGAGGUGCAAGAUAACCCUCUGUAUGACAGUGUGGACUUCUCCAACAAUCAGGCAGAACCUCUCUACUCCGACAUCAGAUCAGAUCAGCUCCGCAGACACAUGGAGGAACAAGAGGUUAUUGAGUACGCUGCUGUUAACUUUAACAGAGCUGAACCAGAGGUCAGCAAACUGGGGAAGAUCCAGCUGCACUAUCUCCAGGUGCAGGUGAUCCAAUCAACAACCAGUUCUCCCUCAAAAGAGCUGAAGUGUAACAGCAGUUGUCUACCUGAUCGUUCUUCCUUCAUCUGGAAAAAGAAGACCUCCAAUCAAUCGUCUGAGGCUGAGGAGAAACCAGACGACAGAGAGAGGCAGGUGCAAGAUAACCCUCUGUACGCCAGCCUGGACUUGUCCAACAACCAGGCAGAUCAUAUCUACUCCGACCUCAGAUCAACUCAACUCCACAGACACAUGGAGGAACAAGAGGUUCCAGAGUACGCUGCUGUUAACUUUAACAGAGCUGGUAAUGCCCCGAGAACCAGAGGUCAGCAAACCUGGGAAGAUCCAGCUGCACUGUACAGCACAGUCAACAAAAUAUGA